UAUCAUUCGGUUUCACCGGAUUUAAGGAACAUUUCCCAUGAUAUAAAAAGGGUUGAAUCGUCAAAUGAUUGACUAUCUUCAAAGGGCGAUUCGUUUCAAAAGGGGUAUGAAGGAAGGACCAGAUUCUCGUUUCACUUACACUUCUCUUUUCAAUGGCAUGAAGUACUUAAAAGCUGGCAUAGUUGACAGUCGAUGUUUUUUCCAGCAGAGAAACAAAACCACCAAGCAGGACCCAUCCCUACCUCGAUUAACAAUCUAUAUAUUCAUAGUUUGAGGCCAAACACGAAUUUAAGUUAUAGGAGAAGUGGAAACCAUCACCUAGCAGCUGGUCGAGAUAUCAUCCCCACCCAGCUGCCCCAACUACACCACCACGAACUGCUCCCAACAUAUCCAACGUAUCCAAGAAGGCAACAACUUCUACAACGGCAGUCAUUCCGGAAACUCGCUAUGUCAUUGUGGAAAACCCAGCCGAGCUGCUGUAACUUCCGCAGGGGCGUGUUACGUUUGUGCUACCGGGGAUUGCGACUUCUUUGGUCAUUCUGCAUAGGCUGGAAUAAUGUGAUCGAGGAACUAGGCUUUGAGAGGCAGGCGAGGUUGAGCUGGACUCGAUCUUUCGUUCUUCAUUGUAGUGAUUUGGUUCUGGCGAGGCUUCUCAGGCCUAGGAUCUUUAGGUGAGACGUUUCAGCUACAAAAUUGCUCCACACAAACUGUCCUCUUCCCAGAUCUUGUUUCUGCGAGCAGGUCCUCAAUCUCGCCAAAGAAACUCUCCUUCGAGUUAAUAUCGGUGACUAUGCAGAGUGUCCUAACCAUCGUUCCUCUCCCCGCUUAAUUCAGGGGCUCUGCUGCGAGACCCGAGUUGGAUUUACUACACGAAGCCUUUGAGAAGUGGGAAGACUCCAGCUAGGCCG